GGCCCGCCCAGUCCCCCAGAGGCCGCAUAUAAACGCGCUCCCCGGACCAGGCUCGCUGCGAAGGACAUUUGGGCUGUGUGUGCGACGCGGGUCGGAGGGGCAGUCGGGGGAACUGCGAAGAAGCCGAGGAGCCCGGAGCCCCGCGUGACGCUCCACUCUCAGUCCAAAAGCGGCUUUUGGUUCGGCGCAGAGAGACCCGGGGGUCUAGCUUUUUCUCGAAAAGCGCCGCCCUGCCCUUGGCCCCGAGGACAGACAAAGAGCACCGCAGGGCCGAUCACGCUGGGGGCGCUGAGGCCGGCCAUGGUCAUGGAAGUGGGCACCCUGGACGCUGGAGGCCUGCGGGCGCUGCUGGGGGAGCGAGCGGCGCAAUGCCUGCUGCUGGACUGCCGCUCCUUCUUCGCUUUCAACGCCGGCCACAUCGCCGGCUCUGUCAACGUGCGCUUCAGCACCAUCGUGCGGCGCCGGGCCAAGGGCGCCAUGGGCUUGGAGCACAUCGUGCCCAACGCCGAGCUGCGCGGCCGCCUGCUGGCCGGCGCCUACCACGCAGUGGUGUUGCUGGACGAGCGCAGCGCCGCCCUGGACGGCGCCAAGCGCGACGGCACCCUGGCGCUGGCGGCCGGCGCGCUCUGCCGCGAGGCCCGCGCCGCGCAAGUCUUCUUCCUCAAAGGAGGAUACGAAGCGUUUUCGGCUUCCUGCCCGGAGCUGUGCAGCAAACAGUCGACCCCCAUGGGGCUCAGCCUUCCCCUGAGUACUAGCGUCCCUGACAGCGCGGAAUCUGGGUGCAGUUCCUGCAGUACCCCACUCUACGAUCAGGGUGGCCCGGUGGAAAUCCUGCCCUUUCUCUACCUGGGCAGUGCCUAUCACGCUUCCCGCAAGGACAUGCUGGAUGCCUUGGGCAUCACUGCCUUGAUCAACGUCUCAGCCAAUUGUCCCAACCAUUUUGAGGGUCACUACCAGUACAAGAGCAUCCCUGUGGAGGACAACCACAAGGCAGACAUCAGCUCCUGGUUCAACGAGGCCAUUGACUUCAUAGACUCCAUCAAGAAUGCUGGAGGAAGGGUGUUUGUCCACUGCCAGGCAGGCAUUUCCCGGUCAGCCACCAUCUGCCUUGCCUACCUCAUGAGGACUAACCGAGUCAAGCUGGACGAGGCCUUUGAGUUUGUGAAGCAGAGGCGAAGCAUCAUCUCUCCCAACUUCAGCUUCAUGGGCCAGCUGCUGCAGUUUGAGUCCCAGGUUCUGGCCCCACACUGCUCGGCAGAGGCUGGGAGCCCCGCCAUGGCUGUGCUGGACCGAGGCACCUCCACCACCACCGUGUUCAACUUCCCCGUCUCCAUCCCUGUCCACUCCACGAACAGUGCGCUGAGCUACCUUCAGAGCCCCAUCACGACCUCUCCCAGCUGCUGAAAGGCCACGGGAGGUGAGGCUCUUCACAUCCCACUGGGACUCCAGGCUCCUUGAGAGGAGAAAUGCAAUAACUGGGAGGGGCUCGAGAGGGCUGGUCCUUAUUUAUUUAACUUCACCCGAGUUCCACUGGGUUCCUAAGCAGUCAUCGUGAUGACUUAGCGUCAAGACAUCUGCUGAACUCAGCACAUUCGGGACCAAUAUAGAGUGGGUACAUCAAGUCCAUCUGACAAAAUGGGGCAGAAGACAAAGGACUCUGUGAGCCGGUUUCUUUUUGCUCGCCCCUGUUUUUUGUAGAAUCUCUUCAUGCUUGACAUACCUACCAGUAUUAUCAUUCCCGACGACACAUAUACAUAUGAGAAUAUACCUUAUUUAUUUUUGUGUAGGUGUCUGCCUUCACAAAUGUCAUUGUCUACUCCUAGAAGAACCAAAUACCUCAAUUUUUGUUUUUGAGUACUGUACUAUCCUGUAAAUAUAUCGUAAGCAGGUUUGUUUUCAGCACUGAUGGAAGAUACCAGUGUUGGGUUUUUUUUAGUUGCCAACAGUUGUAUGUUUGCUGAUUAUUUAUGACCUGAAAUAAUAUAUUUCUUCUUCUAAGAAGACAUUUUGUUACAUAAGGAUGACUUUUUUAUACAAUGGAAUAAAUUAUGGCAUUUCUAUUGAAA